AGAGAGCUUUAACACAGCACAAGGGUGUGCAGAAAUCUGAUUGUAACGCAGACUGAGAAGGGGAGAACAAGUCAGAGAGCGACACAGAAAAAGAUGAGAUAGGGGAGCUCAACCUGGAAGCGAACGGUCGUAGAAAGAUCAUCCUGUGCCGGAGUUUCUCCACGGUGACAGAGUCUUGGGAUUCAGGGGCUCUGCUACAGAAAAAGCCAGGGUAAGCCAGCAACUUCCCUCAACUCUUCGCACUUUGGUGGGCUGGCUGGCUGGCUCGUGCUCUUGGCUUCCCGUCAAUCAUCAUCCUGGGUUAGGAGCCCGAGGGAGUCCCCAGGGAGGGGAGGGAGGCCAUGGAGGUUCCACUAGUCAACUUUGAGAACUUGGAUGACAUCGGAAUCAACUUGGGAGACCCGAGCGACUCCGGAUAUCCGACCUCACCCACCUCAGAUACCCCAGAACCCAACCAGGGGGGACAUUCCCCAACACACUCGCCACAAAGAGGACGACGUCAGAGGCGCAGGGCAACGUCUCCCACAACGCUCAGCAAGAAAGGAACAUCAAGUUGCAACAGUCUGAUUUCCAACUGGAAGGUCCUGAUGAGCAGCGAGGGAAAUGAGGCUCUCUUAGGAAAAGUAGCCAAGGAUUCUUGCGACGACUAUUUCGGGGAAAGGGAGAAAUUUGAGGACGGUGAGCAAAAAGUGGUCAUCAAUGUCUCGGGGAUGAUGUACGAGACCACGCUCAAAACUCUGAAUCAGUUUCCGGACACGCUGCUCGGAGACCCAAUGUUGCGGAUUAAUCAUUUUGACCCCAUGAGAAAUGAAUAUUUUUUUGAUCGUAACCGCCCCAGCUUUGACGGAAUCUUGUAUUUCUAUCAGUCCGGGGGUAAGAUCCGAAGGCCGGCGAACGUGCCAUUGGAUGUUUUUGCAGAUGAGAUGGUGUUCUAUCGACUGGGGCAUGAUGUCAUGGAACAGUUCAGGGAGGAUGAAGGUUUCAUCAAAGACCCUGAACCUCAACUACCGACCAGUGAGCUUCACCGUCAAUUCUGGCUUCUCUUUGAGUACCCGGAGAGCUCCAGUGCGGCCAGGUCAGUGGCCCUAGUGUCUGUUUUUGUCAUCACAAUAUCGAUUUGCAUCUUCUGCCUGGAGACGCUCCCGGAGUUCCGCGAAGAGCGGGAAUACACGCCGACGGUCGUCAACCUAACCCGUGACGCCAACGGUACGCUCCUGUCCCCUACAGGUGCUCCGUAUACCCACAUCUCCGUCUUUACCGACCCCUUCUUUGUGAUCGAGACUAUCUGUAUAAUCUGGUUCUGCUUUGAGCUCGUAGUGCGUUUCGUGGUGUGCCCAAGCAAGAGUGAGUUUUUCGGCAACAUCAUGAACGUAAUUGACAUUGUUUCCAUUAUGCCCUACUUCAUUACCGUCAUAACGGAACUGAUGGCCACCCAUGAGGAAGAUCCCACCGCCAACCAGAACAUGUCUCUGGCCACCCUGCGCGUCAUUCGAUUAGUGAGGGUUUUCAGGAUCUUUAAGCUGUCCCGACAUUCCAAGGGUCUCCAGAUUCUCGGGCAAACCCUGAAGGCCAGCAUGAGGGAGCUGGGCUUGCUAAUUUUUUUCCUCUUCAUUGGCGUCAUCCUCUUCUCCAGUGCCAUUUACUUUGCUGAGGUUGACGAACCUGACACACAGUUCGUGAGCAUCCCGGAGGGAUUCUGGUGGGCUGUGGUUACCAUGACGACGGUCGGCUAUGGCGACAUGUGCCCUAUCACGUUGGGAGGGAAAAUGGUUGGGAUCCUCUGUGCCAUCGCCGGCGUGCUAACCAUCGCACUUCCAGUUCCCGUCAUCGUCUCCAACUUCAAUUACUUCUACCAUCGGGAGACAGCACAGGCAGAGAAACUGGUGAUGGACGCCGCCGCUGAUGCCGCGGCAAACCAGAAAAGCGGAUCCGAGGAGAAAUUAGAAAGCAGUUACUCACUGGACAAGAGCAACGGGAACUGGCAAACAGGGAAAAAUGGCAUUUCUUAA